AUGGCCCUCCCUAAGACCAUUACACUACAAAGCGACGUUUUGCGUGUCAGUGUCUUCGUUGAUGAACAAGGGUCUGCUUUCCUGAAGGAAGUGAUUCCCUUACCUGGUUCUUCUCGGCCGUCGGUAUCAAAAUACUUUACUAAUUCAUACGCACCGCUGGUAGAACUGCGGCUGGCCGGUGAAGGCACCGCAAAGCAUAAAUCAUCCAAGUGUCUGAUAGCCACAUAUGUGGGGACCCGGCUACGUUACCAAUCGCAUGAGAUCAAGCAACAAGCGGAUACCCAUACCCUGGACGUUACAUUAAGAGACUCCGCCUUUGGGGUGACAGCAAUUGCGCACCUGAUACUCUACCCGAGUACUUGUGUGCUCCGUGCGACAAGCACAAUCCGAAAUGACAGUGACAUGGACAUCGUGGUGACACAGCUGAGCUCCUUGGUCCUGGGUGGACUAACAACUGGUGCAGAGAAAUGGUGGUCUGACUACGUUCUUGCAGUCCCCAAUAAUUCAUGGUUCAGAGAGGCACAAUGGAUCGAUCACGAUCUACCCAGCUUGGGUCUAGACGACUACGGCGUGUAUGGACAUCCUGAAGAAUAUGCAGCUAGCUUAGGUCACUAUUCGGUUUCUAACCGCGGAACCUUCUCAACAGAAGGCCAUUUGCCUAUGGGCCUUUUGAAGCGUACUGACAAUGCUGAAACAUGGCUUUGGCAGGUUGAAAACAAUGGUUCCUGGCGCUGGGAAGUCGGUGACUGGAAAGACAGCGUGUAUCUAGCUACUGGCGGUCCGGUUGAGACCGAUCAUGAUUGGAGACAAAGGCUCUCUCCCGGACAAGAAUUCACUACCGUGCCUGUGGCUUUAUGCCAUGUCUUAGGGAACUAUGAACAUGCAUUUGCCGAGAUGACCCGUUACCGACGACAGAUGCGGCAGAAACACGAGGAUCAUGAGACAUUGCCCAUCAUCUUCAAUGACUACAUGAAUUGUCUUAUGGGUGACCCUACUGACGAAAAGAUUCUGGCGCUCGUCGACCCCGUAGUCCGAGCUGGAGCUGAAUACUUUGUUAUCGACGCUGGCUGGUAUGCUGAUGAUUCGGGCUGGUGGGAUGAUGUCGGGUUGUGGGAACCUUCGAAGAAGCGCUUUCCUACGGGAUUCAGGGAACUACUUUUGCACUUGAAAACACAAGGCCUUACUCCAGGCCUCUGGAUUGAGCCAGAAGUCAUUGGCGUACGCAGCGUUGUCGCGAAACAGUUACCGUAUGAAGCGUUCUUUCAGCGAAAUGGCCAGCGCAUCGUUGAAAAAGGACGUUAUCAGCUAGACUUUCGUCACGCGGCGGUCCAGAAACAUAUGAAUGUUGUUAUGCACAGACUAGUCAGCGAAUAUGGCGUGGGUUACUUUAAAUUCGACUAUAAUAUCGAAGUCACUCAGGGUACAGACAUCAACUGUUCAAGUGCGGGAUCUGGUCAAUUAGAUCACAAUCGGGCGUAUCUGCACUGGGUCAACGAUCUGCAUGACCGGUAUCCUGACCUGGUCAUUGAAAAUUGCUCGAGUGGCGCUCAGCGAAUGGAUUAUGCUAUGUUGGCUGUCCAUGCUUUGCAAUCAACUAGCGACCAACAAGAUCCCGGUCGUUACGCAGCAAUUGCUGCCGCUCUUCCAACAGCUGUUACCCCCGAGCAAGGUGCUGUUUGGGCAUACCCUCAACCAGAGUGGGAUGACGAAACUAAUGCGAUGACGGUGGUUAAUAGUCUUCUCGGCCGCGUACAUCUAAGCGGACGGCUAGACAAACUUAGCCCGCACCAGUUUCAGCUUAUCAAACAAGGUAUGGAUGUCUACCGUACAAUUCGCGCUGAUCUAAGGAUGGCUACUGCUUUCUGGCCUCUCGGCCUUCCUCGUUGGCAUGACGAGUGGGUCGCAUUAGGCAUGGCAGUGCCUACGUCGGACAUUCGUGAUUCAGGCGCUCACUAUUUAGCUGUCUGGAGACGAGGAGGUCCAGACAGUAUUGAGCUACCGAUUAAUACUCUUUCUGGGCGUCCUGUAAGGACAGAACUGCUUUAUCCUGCUACCUUUCCCUGUGAGAUCUCAUGGGAGCUCGCGCAGGGAAUACUUCACAUCCGGAUGCCAUUGAAGACCUCUGCCCGUUUACUGAAACUCACGAGUGGCGAUAUUUAA